AGGAGUCUCAGUGCUGCAAGCUCCGUCCGCGUGGGUGUCUGCUGCAGGAGUCCCCGGGACUUGCUGCACCGCGCCCGGCUCUGGCUCUGCCCGAGGCCGAGGCCUGCCGUGGCGGAGCAGGCCGCUGCCCCAGUGCAAGGGCAACCUGCACCACACAUGGAGCACAGAAUAGCUCACCAUAUGUAUUCUUAACCACUCUGUCUAAAUGUGUUUAAGAAAAGACUGCAAAUGCUGGAAAAAUCAAAGGUCGGGCCAUCAGCUGAGGCAGGAAGUCGUAAAUGUGGAAGAUGCCGCCCUUGCCCGGUGCAGAAUUGGUACGGACGCCUCUCCAGUUAUAUCGGUACCUCUUUCGAUGUUGCAGGCUCCUUCCAACACAAACCAUACAGCAGCAUUACAAGCAUACAAUUAGACAGAAUUUUAAGAUUCAUGCGGAUGAAGAUGAUCCAAAGAGAAUUGAACAGAUUAUCAAAAGAGCAAUAGAAGAUGCAGACUGGAUUCUGUCUAAAAGUCAUACAGCAAGGAAACAGGCCCUUCAGCCCAACUUGUCCAUUCCGACCAAGAUUGUCCCAUCUAAGGGGCAGCAAUGUGGCGCAGCGGUGGAGUUACUGCUUUACAGCGCAAGAGGCCCAGUUUGAUCCUGACUCCGGGUGCUGUCUGUACGGAGUUUGUACGUUAUCCCCGUGACCGCGUGGGUUUUCUCCUGGAUCUCUGGUUUCCGCCCACACUCCAAAGACAUACAGGUUUGUAGGUUAAUUGGCUUGGUAAAAUUGUAAAUUGUGCCCUGUGUUAGUGAUAGUGUUAUUGUGCGGGGAUCACUGGUUGCGCGGACUCGAUGGGCCAAAGGUGUUUCUGCGCUGUAUCUCCAAACUAAACUAAACUAAACUAAGCAAGUCCCACCUGCCUGUGUUUGGCCCAUAUCCCUCUCAACCUUUCCUAUCCGUGUACCUGUACAAACAUCUUUUAAAUGUUCAUAGUAUCUGCCUCAACUACCUCCUCUUGCAGCUCAUUCCAUCCACCCAGCACUCUGUGUGUAAAAGGUAGCCCCUCGUGUUCCAAAUUAAAUCUUUCCCCUCUCACCUUCAACCCAUGUCCUCUGGUUCUUGAUUCCCCUACGCUGGGUAAAAGGCUCUGUGCUAGUUCAAAUACAUUCAGAUUGGACAGGCCAACGCAGGGAGACUAAUGGCCUUUCAGGUGGUUGUCAUAUGGUCUUUGUUUAUAAUUAAUGUUUAGAUCAAAUGAGGAAAGAAAGACACUAAAUUUAGACAGAACUGGGGCUGAAACAAUGCAUUUCAUUGUAUGAUGGUAAAGGAAGUGCUGUCUUCAGCACUCCUUUUGACAUAUACUACACUGUUCUAGAGUCAAAUUUCCAGUAAAUGUUUUAUUAUUAUUAAUGUUUAGUGUUUUCUGAGUCUUUCGUAACUGUCACUGUAUACCAUGUUGUUACUUGUGGGCAGAGCACCAAGGCAAAUUCCUUGUAGGUGAAUACUUGGCCAAUAAACUUACUUACUUACUUUCUUUGAGGAAGGUGAGUGAAAAUGCAUAAUGCUAUGUUUUUUAAAAAUAAUAAAAAAUAUUAGCAAAGGAUUGAAAUGUAGAUUGAGCUUGAAUUGUUUGAUAUUCACAGGAACUCUUCUCACCAAUAUACUUUCAUUACAUCUAUCUUUAUAUUAUUAUGUAUCUGGGUGAAUUUUCGCCACCCCCAGCUUUUUUGCAUCUCUCUACAUAUCUAACAAAUAAACGGAUACAUUUACCUUUCUUUUAAAGUAAUUAAUCGAUUGAUUGAAAAAUACAGCACGGAAACAGACCCUUUGGCCCUCCGAGUCCAUGCCGACUAUCGAUCACACACUCACAUUAAUGUUAUCCCACUUCCGCAUCCACUGAGUCUCUGGUGUUGUGAGGCAGGAGCUCUACCAGCUGCACCACUGUACCACCUUUCCUUUUUUUGUUUUUGUUUAUUUUAUUAGAAGUUAAUACAGUACAAAACAGUACAGUGGAACCUAAUUCUGGUGCCAACUAUGUCAUACCGUAAUCCAUUCUAUGUACAACCUCUAAUUUUACAUUUUGAGAAGGAAGUAAGCAAGACAAAGAAAAAGAAAACAAUAGAAAGGGGAAAAAGAGGAAAAAUAGAUGGUAGAGAGUAGAAAAACGUGAAGUGUGUAUAUAAAAAAAAAAGAAAAAGUGGAAAGUAGAAAUAGGAGAGAAGGCCCCUUAAAAGAGAAAUUUUCAAAUCUUUAUUCGGAGAUGUAGAUCUAUCCGCAGCAUGAACUGAAAUCAGCAAUCUUUACGGUACCGCUGCAUCACAUGAUUCCAAAAAGUCGAUGAAAGGAGACCAACUCCUUAAGAAUUGGUCAUAUUUAUCUAUUAGUCGGAGUCUCAUUUCUUCCUGUACCACCUUUCAAAAGCAAAUGGAAAGUAUUGAUAAACAAAGACAAAUGCUGUUGUUUGAAAACUUUUUUAGGGGAAGGCAGUUCGUCCAAAACAAAAAUGAGCAAAAUUUAAAAACUAGAACUUAAAAACAAAUAGGUAACCUGAUUUCUAGAUCGAGCAAAUAUCGGUAUCUCACCGGGUGGCGCAGCGGUGUAGCAGUAGAGUUGCUUCCUGACAGCGCCAGAGACCCGAGUUCGAUCCGGACUAUGGGUUCUGUCUGUACGGAGUUUGUACGUUCUCCUCGUGACCUGUGUGGGUUUUCUCUGAGAUCUUCGGUGUCCUCCCACACUCCAAAGACGUCCAGGUUUGCAGGUUAAUUGGCUUGGUGUAAAUGUAAAUUGUCCCUAGUGUGAGGGAUGGUGUUA